AUGGCUGACCAAACAAGAAAAACUCGCCUAGGCGCUAGAGGGGCUAGAAAGGUCAAGACAGGGUGCCAGACCUGCAAACACGUCACUUGGCGAGACUUUGCCUAUUUUUUUGACGACCUGAGCUGGGAAGGUCAACUAUUACCAGCCAUCGGCGCUGAGCCCAUCAUAUAUCAUACCGGGCUUGCCAUUAGUGCCUUGGGUUGGAGACAGGCGAAUCCAAACAAUCUGUGGUCAGGAUCAAGCGGCCGAGCCCGGUCCGCCGAAGAGUAUUGCACUCUACAAUACAACAAGGCGGUGCACCUGUUCAAGUCCCGUAUGGAGGAUCCGCUUGAAGACGCUCACGCCUUGCAGGUCUUGAUUUUGGGCAGUCUCAUGUUUAUCCACCUCGAGUUCAUGCGCGGCAUCACGGACUUUGUCUUGGUACAUCUUCGCGGUGCGAACGCUUUGCUCAAGAGCCUCAAGCAAAGGUCGCGGGAUACCGCGUUUCUAGAGGCGGCUGUGGCCUAUGUUGAAGCUCAGUGGAAGGGCAUGACAACGCCAACAUGUGCUCGGCCACCUAGAACACUUGCUGAUCCACCAGCUAGGAUGAUAACAGUGUUAGAUGAUGGGGAUUUAUAA